AUGACCCCCUUCAAGAAUGCCCAGGAAUCGGGCACACCCUCUCUCCUCGCAAGCGUCCGGCAUACGGUCGAGGUGACUUUUCUGUCCAGCUAUACCAAUGUGCUAUUAAUCUUUGUAUUCCUGGGGAUACUCUCCGGCUCCCAAGAAUGGAACCCCUCCGCCGUGUUUAUCCUGAAUUUUCUGGCUAUCUUCCCACUGGCCUCGUUGCUGUCCUUUGCGACCGAGGAAUUGGCGAAAAGCGUCGGCCAAACGGUAGGAGGCCUGAUCAAUGCGUCUUUUGGCAAUGCCAUCGAAAUGAUCGUUGGUAUCACGGCUGUGAGCCAGGGUGAGAUCCAUAUGGUGCAGUCUUCGAUGGUUGGCUCGAUCCUGUCUGGCACGCUGCUGGUUCUGGGAUGCUGUUUCUUUGCCAGCGGCUAUGAUAAGGAGACAGUCCACUUCAAUGUCGAUGUGACGGGGAUCAUGUCGUCCUUGAUGAUUGUAUCCUCCUCCGCGCUAAUCAUCCCAUCAACCUUGUAUUCCACGUCUCUGUAUGCCUCUCCCGGUGGAAACGAGUAUAUCCUCCACCUAUCACAUAUUACCGCUGCCUUGCUAUUGCUAUUCUAUUUUGUCUAUCUAUACUUCCAGCUUAGCAGCCACUCCCAUCUCUUCACUAGCACCGAAGACGACGAAGAGGAGGAGGAGCGCCAGCUGGGACCCAUGGCAGCUAGCAUCAUUCUUAUUGCCGCUACGCUGGGAGUGACUGUUUGUUCCGACUACCUCGUAGAAGGGGUCGAUGGCUUUGUUGAAGCCUACGGGGUGAGCCGGGCCUUCUUGGGCCUGAUCGUCGUGCCGAUUGUGGGUAACGCUGGCGAGUUUGCAACCACCGUGAAAGCAGCCAAGGAAGGAAAGGUGGAUCUGGCCAUUGGUGUGAUUGUUGGCAGCACGCUUCAAAUCGCACUUUUCGUCACGCCAUUCUUGGUACUGUAUGGAUGGGCUUUGGGUCAACCGAUGUCGUUGCGCUUCAACUCGUUCGAGACCGCCUGUUUCUCGCUGGCGGUGGUGGUGAUGAAUUGUCUGAUUCGUGAGGGUCGGUCGAAUUACUUUGCGGGUGUCUUGUUGUGUGGAACUUAUCUGAUCAUUGCGAUUGCCUUUUAUGUCCACCCAGAUAUUGUCGUUCCCGGAGAAAUUUUUAUACCAAUACACCGUCUCAAUGCGACCAUUAUGAUCGACAGGUUGGAUACUUCUAAUGCCUUGACGACGGAAAUCCGACGGGCAAAAGAUGCUGCCGACCUGAGCGAGAAGCCUGUCAUCGCCCAUGGACCACUGGUUCGGGGCGAGCCCAGCGCAUUCGAGUUUUCGGCUGAGCAGUUGAGCGGACUCAUCGAAUCACGAAGUCUGGAUACAUUCUACGCCUUUGGUGGCCUCCGCGGAAUAGAAAGGGGCCUGCGAAGCGAUCGAAAUACCGGAUUAAGCGUGGACGAGUCGAGCGUCAGGAACCAUGAACCAUCGGCCACAGCCUCGUCCGUCGCCAAACCUUCCCACCAGCCCCAUCAUCGCCAUCUUCACCUCCACAAUCACCAUGGCACCGAACAAUUCGCAGACCGACGCGCUGUCUUCGGCAACAACCGCCUCCCCGUUCCCAAGUCACCCACGGUCCUGCAGUUGAUAUGGGCGGCAUACAAUGACCACGUCCUCUUCCUCCUGACAGGAGCGGCAAUCAUUUCGCUUGCCCUAGGCCUAUACCAAACAUUCGGAACUCAGCAUUCGAGCUCAAACCCGCCUGUCGAAUGGGUAGAAGGGGUAGCCAUCAUCGUUGCCAUCAUAGUCAUCGUGCUGGUGGGCGCAGGCAAUGAUUUCCAGAAAGAGCUGCAAUUUCAAAAGUUAAACAAGAAGAAACAAGAUCGCCUUGUGAGGGUAAUCCGCUCCGGCCGGCCACAGGAGGUACCUAUCAACGAUCUGGUGGUCGGGGAUGUCGUACACAUGGAGCCAGGAGAUGUCAUACCGGCCGAUGGAAUCCUGAUUCGCGGCCACCACAUCCGAUGCGAUGAAUCAGCUGCGACCGGUGAGUCAAACUUGUUGUUGAAGCAGUCCGGUGAUGAGGUCGCGGAUGCGAUUGCGGAUUGCCGUGAUACUAAAUACCUUGACCCGUUCGUGAUCUCGGGGUCCAAGGUCGCAGAAGGCCUCGGCUCGUUCCUGGUAAUAGCAACCGGCAAUCAUUCGAGUUAUGGCAAGAUCCUCCUAAGCCUGGAAGAAGACCCUGGCUUCACACCACUGCAGUCGCGACUCAACGUAUUAGCGAAAUACAUCGCCAAAUUUGGCGGUAUUGCCGGUCUGGUCUUGUUCGUCAUCCUGUUCAUCAAGUUCUUGGUUGGUCUGCGCCACUCGACGUCGUCCGCGACCGAAAAAGGCCAGGAUUUCUUGGAAGUUUUCAUCAUUGCUCUGACAGUAGUUGUCAUUGCUGUGCCUGAAGGACUUCCAUUAACCGUGACGCUUUCUCUUGCCUUUGCCACCACCAGGAUGUUGAAGGACAACAACUUAGUGCGACAUUUGCGCGCCUGUGAGAUCAUGGGCAAUGCUACCGACAUUUGCUCGGACAAGACCGGGACCUUGACCCAAAAUAAGAUGACCGUGGUCGCAGGUAUUAUUGGCAUAGAAGAGUUCUCGGAUUUAGGACCACAGACGGACGCCCCUUCGCGUGACGUUCCGACUACUGCUGUGUUGAAAUCUCGCCUGCACAAUUAUGUGAAAUCACUAAUUGUUAAUGCGGUUGCUUACAACACCACGGCGUUCGAGUCGAUAGCGGAUGGAAAUGUCACCUUUGUUGGAUCUAAGACCGAGGCUGCUUUGCUCUAUUUCGCCCGAGACAACAUGGGCUUGGGCCCAUUGGAACUGACACGAUCUGGUUAUGAAGUUGUGGAGCUCAUACCCUUUGAUGCUACGCGCAAGUGCAUGAUCACUGUGGUGUGCUUGGAUGAUGUUAAUGGGUAUAAGCUGUAUAGGGCGUAUAUAAAAGGAGCGCCCGAGGUAUUGAUGGGGUUCUGUAACAGGACGCUGGUGGAACCGACAAAAGGCGAUUCCGUUACCGCAUUGACUGCAAGUACCAAGGAAGCUAUACGCCAGAAGGUAGAAGCCUACUCAAAGUGGUCGCUAAGGGCUAUCGCGUUAUGCUACCGAGAUUUCGAGGUGUGGCCCCCGAACCGAGCUGGAGAGAUUCAGUCCGACACACUCGACCUCGAAGAUAUACUUAACAACCUGACUUUGAUUGGAAUUGCCGGUAUCCGUGAUCCUUUGCGGGAGGGAGCUCAUGAUGCCGUGGAGACUUGCCGUCGGGCGGGAGUGACGGUGCGUAUGGUGACUGGAGAUAAUCUGUUAACAGCGCAAUCUAUCGCCGAGGAAUGCGCGAUUGUCACCAACAACGAGGACAUUGUUAUGGAAGGACACGAGUUUAGACGCUUGACAGAGGAGGAGCAAUUAGAGAUUGCACCCCGUCUUAAAGUUCUGGCACGAUCUCAACCAGAGGAUAAACGUACGCUUGUGCGACGGCUGAAGCAAAUUGGGGCAACGGUUGCCGUCACUGGAGAUGGAACAAAUGACGCUCCUGCACUCAAAGCAGCUGACGUUGGAUUUUCCAUGGGAAUAUCGGGGACAGAAAUUGCGCGCGAGGCUUCAGCCAUUGUCUUAAUGGAUGAUAAUUUUGGCUCGAUUGUGAAGGCGAUCAUGUGGGGUAGGGCAGUCAGUGAUGCGGUUCAAAAGUUCUUGCAGUUCCAAAUUACUAUCACCUUCACCUCUGUCGGACUGGCAUUCGUCACCUCCGUCGCUAGCUCCAGCGAAACAUCAGUGCUGACAGCCGUGCAACUGAUGUGGGUAAAUCUAAUCCAAGAUACCCUGGCGGCACUUGCGCUUGCCACCGAUCCACCGUCUCCCAGAGUGUUGGACCGAACGCCCGACAAGAGAACUACUCCCUUGAUAACAGUGCCAAUGUGGAAGAUGAUAAUCGGGCAGUCGAUAUACCAGCUCGCCGUGACAUUAGUGCUCCACUUUGCCGGUAACAGCAUAUUCUCAUACACCACCGCGCACGAACACUCCCAGCUACAAACAGCUGUAUUCAACACAUACGUUUGGAUGCAAGUAUUCAAUCUAUACAACACCCGCGCACUCGGCAACAACAUCAACGUCUUCGAAGGCAUCCACCGUAACUGGCUCUUCAUCGGUGUCAACGUUAUCAUGAUCGGCGGACAAAUGAUCAUCAUGUUCGUGGGCGGGCGCGCAUUCUCCAUCACUCGCCUCACUGGCGUGCAAUGGGCCUACUCUGUUGUUUUGGGUGUCUUGUCUCUUCUUGUCGGGGUAGUAGUGCGUUUCAUCCCGGAUAGCCUCGUCGAGCGAUUAUUUGCGGGUGUAGGAUUGUUUAUGGGUCCCUUGUGGCGGUUAUUGAGGGUGAACAUUGAGUAA